GCCGCGGCCAUGGCGGCGCGGCUGGUGCGGGGCGGCUGGCAGCGAGCGGCGCUGCUGGGCGGGCGGUGCUGCUCCGCGGGCGGGAGGCGGCAGCGCUAUCGGUGCUCCUCCAGCAGUGCAGCCCUGGGGAAGACUGUGGCCAGUUCAGAAGCUGCUCAAGAAGAGAUUGUGCUGCCCCGAAAGAAAACCUGGGAUAAGCUGGCAGUUCUGCAGACCCUGGCUUCUACUGUGAGAAGGGACCCUACUGCUGCUCAUUAUAUGUUCCAGGAUGACCCUUUUCUUAUGCCAAGAAAUGCAGCCAAUUCUCGGCUGUUUGCUCUGUCGAAGGAGUCUGGGAGGAAUGCUGCCAGAUACAUCAUUAAACACUUCCCUCAGUAUUUUGACAAGACUUUUGCAGAGCCAGAUGUACCAUGCUUGAUGCCAGAGACCCUUACACCCCAGACUGAAGGAGUGAGUGAGGAAGCUCUAAAAGAACGCAUCUGCCUCAGAAGGGUAAAAGAGUCUGUGGACCUGUUUGAUCAGCUCGUGCAAGCAGGUACUCCUGUAUCUCUGGAGACCACAAACAGCCUUCUAGAUUUGUUGUGCUUCUGUGGAGAUAAAGAAUCUAUCCUGGAAAAGGAAGAAGAGGGAAAAGAGAGUAUGGAAGAAGCAGAGGAGAACACUUCAGAGCAGAAGGCUCCCAAGAGACAGCUCCCAAGAGGGUCACCGUCACCUGGGGCUGGGUGGAGGGAGGACAACAAUGCUGAAAGGAUAUUUAAGAUCAUGCCUGAGAGGAAUGCCCAUUCCUACUGCACCAUGAUCCGAGGGAUGGUGAAGCAUGGGGCUCCUGCUAAAGCCUAUGACAUGUACGUAGACCUGUUGAAUGAAAGACACAAGGCGGAUGUGCACACCUUCAAUGCACUGAUUGCGGCAGUCCCGCAGCUGAAGGACAGGUUCUUGGAAAGAUGGGAGCUGGCCAAGGUCUUCCUGAACCACAUGGCUCAACAGGGAGUGCAACCAAAUCUGCUGACUUUUAAUGCUCUGUUGAAGACUCUGAGAAAAUGUGGUGGUGUGGGCAGGAGUAUGUCCUUGUUGGUGAUAAAGGAAAUGGAAGCACUCGACAUAGACCCCAGCCUGGCCACCUAUGAUCACCUCCUGGCCGUGUUCUACAGAGGCGCUCAUCUUCACUCUUCAGGCAUCAUCUCUGAGGUGCUAGAUGACGUGGAGAAGAGGAGCUUCACUGCCCAGGACCCUGAUGACGCCAACUUCUUCACCACUGCUAUGCAGGUGUGCUGUGAACUGAAGGACAUCAGACUGGCCUACCAGCUCAACAGGGCCAUGGAGAUGGGCGACAACUGGAGGUUCAUGGACAUGGAGCGUCUGAAUGCCUACUGGUCAAAGUUCUUUUCCCUCUUGUGCAUGAUGGAGCAAAUUGAUGUUGUGUUGAAGUGGUACAAAGAGAUGUCCCCAUCGCUCUUCUAUCCCAGUGCCAGAAACAUCUUGGACCUCCUUCAAGCACUGGAUGCAGCCAACCACUUGGACAUGCUCCCUUCAGUCUGGGAAGAUAUGAAGCAGCUGGGCUUCAGCAGGAGACCAGAGCUGCUGGAUGAGCUCCUAGCUCUGAUGAGCAGAGAUCAGCACCCUCAGGAGGUUCAGCUGGCAUUUGCCACCUGUGCUGAAGACAUCAGAGCUGUCCAUGAGCAAGCUGGGAGGGACCAGGCCCCAGUGCAGUGGACGGGCAGCACCCUAGGCCAGGUGGCUCUGCUGUUCACCAGGGCUGGGAGAAUCCAGGAUGCUUGGCACAUGAUGGAGCACUUCCAGCACAUCAACAGGAUUCCCAGUGAGCAGGUGAUGGAGGAAUUCCUGACCUGUGCUAAACAAGCCAGUGCUCCAGAGGAAGCAAUUAAGCUGGUGAAGCUGGCAGCAUCCCUUGGUCUUCCUUCAUCCCAAAGGCUUAAAAGCAGAACAAAGGAGGAGUUUGAACUCUCUGAAGAGCAGAAGAAGGCCCUGGAGAGCAUCACAGAUGGCAACAGCAGUGACAGUGACCAGGAAUAGCUGUGGUUUGUCUGCCCCCUGGAAAACUGGGAGCUCCUGCUACUGUGGGCAGUGACAGCACUGAGGGAGAUGAGGGGCAGCUGGGAGAUGCUGCUGAGCACUGCAGAGCCUUCUGGUACAGGACCCACUGGCUGAGGGCAUGCAGUCCCCCUUGGAGCAGGCUGGAAGCUGGCAUCAUGGUGACUUCAAACACACCUGAACUGUACCAGCACAGCUUCUGCCAUCCACAGCUGGCUCCUGCCAAGCAGCUGUGACCUGAGCAGUCCUGGAGGAUGCUCUGCCAGUAGAAGAUCAUGACAGCUUGAGCAAGACUCCUGGACCUUCUGCAGCAUCAACCUGCCCUGGAGUCACUUCCUUCAGAGCUCCAACCACUUUAUGUACAGAGUAAACACUGCAGCUGUGCAGAUCUCAGCCUCUCUGCUGCCAUUCCUCGGGCUGCAGGUGCUCAGCUGCUGUCAUUUGCACAGCUGGAGCUGAGGGCAGGAGCUGUGCUGGUGGCACAGCAGCUACAGGGGCAAGGGGACCUGUGCAGAUACCUGGACCUCACAGAAGGUUAUUCUGAGAACUUAUUUUUAACAGGUUUGGGGAGGAUUAAACCACACUCCAGUGGAAAGUGAGUGAGCCUUGUGCCAAAUCAAA